CCGGCUUCAGUCAACAAUGUCCGCAGGACUGCCGAAGCGCAUUCUCAAGGAAACGGAGCGGCUCAUGUCCGACUCGCCGCCCGGCAUCACUGCCGCGCCGCACGACGACAACCUCCGCUACUUUGACGUCACAAUAGCCGGCCCCGACCAGUCGCCGUACGAGGGCGGUGUAUUCAAGCUCGAGCUUUUCCUGCCGGAGGAGUACCCCAUGAACCCUCCAAAGGUCCGCUUCCUCACAAAGAUUUACCACCCCAACAUUGACAAGCUUGGGCGCAUCUGCCUUGAUAUCCUCAAGGACAAGUGGUCGCCUGCUCUCCAGAUCCGCACUGUCCUCCUUUCUAUCCAGGCGCUCCUCGGCGCGCCAAACCCCGACGACCCGCUUGCCAAUGACGUCGCCCAGGCGUGGAAGGAGAACGAGAAGGCUGCUAUCGCCGAGGCCCAGCAGUGGACUCGCAAGUGGGCAUGCUAGACCCGAUUCCAUGGUAGAUAGAGAUGCUUCCCAUUAGAAGCAAGAGCCUUUUCUCAACGGUCAUGUCAGACAUCUUUGUAUCUGUGUCAGUGCGGGAGCCAUGUUCGUCACCCCAUGCCUCGUGACACGUAUUUACCAAGCAAACUAUCGGCAUGCAUUGUCCUAACAGCCACGUCUUCAA